AUGGUUAAAUCGAGACCUUUCAGUGUAGGUUGCAAUGCAAGAUUGUUUCAUGCAGGCUGGCUCAAGUUUGAGCUUAGAAUUGGUAUAGUAGGGCAACAAAGUGGUUCACGUGCACAGCAAAACCUUUGUUUUCGAAUACUUGCCGCGUAUUAUCGCUUGACAAACAGACACAACUUCUUCAGCCGGGCUCGAUCCUUUGUCUUUUAUAAUCUCUUAUUCUUGUCGGCCUUGAGUGCUGACAGUGUUGACACCAAGUUGCAAUCAUCCCUUCGCAAGGCAGUCACCGAAGGUCCGACAAGCAAGCCCCAGGAGGAGGAAGUGACAAGGGUUACACACAAAAUACCAAGCUGCCUCAGUCCGAGUGUUGUACUAGUGCCGCUGCAUGCCCCGGGGCCUAACUCAGCAUGGACCAAUACUCCUGACAUUGGUACAACCUCUCUAGACGUCUGCGGGGAAGAGGCUGAUGACGAUGACAAUAUAGCCCACUCUGCCCUUCUGGCUUGUCUCCAGAAGAACGAUGAGGUCAGCCCACCGCACAGUAUCUACACUCAUACAGUGGUCAUAUCUGGUACAGUGGUCGUAUCUGGUGUGGGUGUGUCUCUAAUUGCUCUGUGUCAUCGAUACAGCCUCUUUGUCUAUCUCAGUGCUCUCACCUUCAGGCGGAUGAAGAAGGAAUGCUUGGUGUCACUGCUAGAGCAUGCUGAAGACGUGAUGAGCUGCAAGAUGGCGUUUGUCUUUUUCUGAAGGAGCCUACCCUACGAUCUUUAAAAGCACAUCUGUCGUGAUUUUAGUUUCUUUGGAUUUGAGAUCCUAAGCGCCGCCACCCAUCCCAACCGACCAAUCGGAUGUGUGGAUUUCACAUUCAUGGCGUACAAGAUUGAUCCUGAUGACGAGAGUGGAGACGAAAGUGACUUCUGCUAGAAAUAAUAGUGUCAUAAUGACAGUUUGUACAUAGAUUCUACUAUCAACCUGUACAUGUGAAAAAGAAUUUUUUUGCAUGCUGUUAUAGAAAACGGUAAAGAUCCUUAAGAGUGUGACUUGCUUUUUCAAUAUAGAAAACGGUAAAGAUCGUUAAAAGUG